GUUAAGGGAUCAGCUGCAACAUCAAUGGCGUCAUAGCGAUGACUGUAUCCUCGUACUUGUCAUAACUAUGCAUGUGUAAUAGUACGCGAUAAUUACAGUAACCUGUCAGUUUCCAGUUCUUUGUAUUUCAAUCUUUCUACCAAGUUGUUAGACAUUGUUUCGUGAUUGACGUGUCAGUAUGUUCGGCAAGAAGAAAGAAGCGAAACGGCCCAGACCAGUCGGUGGCUUGGAACAGUACGGUAUCUUUGAAGUACCUGAUAUAAAUAUGGAUAACAUUGGCGGUAAUAUGGAAGAUGAUGGCGACGAUGACGAGGAUUUGGAAGCUGAAUUGGCUGCAUUAGCUGCUGGUAAUGAUACGAGCUACAAGAGUAGACGCAGCGCUGCAUGCAAAACCACUGAUGUAAAUUUGGAUGCAAUGGUAGCCGAUUGUAUGAAGGAUACAAAUUCAGAUGAGGAACCACCUGAAGGAGAUGAUGAUCCUGUAUUACUGAAAGAGUUACAGAUGCUCACGGGAGACAAAAUCAUGGAACAGACAGAAAUGCCAGAAACUCUGGCGGAGGGACAAGCUGAACAAGACAAACCUGAAUCUAAGGAAAAUAGCUCGACGGAGGAACUGGUCAAACUGCUGCAAGAAAGACUGACGACUUACAAGAUGGCUGAACAAAAGGCGAAGAGGGAAAAUGAAACUGGCAGGGCUAGAAGGUUCAAUAGGGGUGUAAGAACACUGAAGGAGAUGUUGGCCUCUGUGCAGUCAGGCAAAGGCAUAAGCGAAGCUGACAUUCCUCCGCCUUUGCCUCCUUCAGCUACCGCGGAAUCUACAGUGCAAGAUACAACAAAAGAAACAUCAUCACCUACUGAGACCAUCGAGUCACCUGCUACCCCAGACGUGGUCUCAACCGAUGGUCCUCCCGAAGCACCUCCAGCAGACACCGCAGUUGAUCAGGAGGCUUUGGAUAAAUUGAAGAAACAGCAGCAGAAAUACAAGAUUGCAGCGGUUGCCUGGAAGAAGGCGGGCAACAAGGAGCAAGCGUUAGAAUACGUGAAGACUGUGAAACAAUUCGACAUAGUCAUCGCUGCGGUAGCUGCAGGAGAAAAGCUCGAUCUAUCAGACAUGCCACCUACUCCAACUCUGCCUUCUGCGGAGGCAACAGGUACUGUAAUGCUAGCGGCGAAGGAAGAGAGUGAAGUUCAGCAGCAAACUACAGACACGUCGCCUGGAGCCAAUUCGGUCGAAUCAAAGUAUGGUCCUGAGAACAUCGAGGGUGCCCUUAAGGAGCGUCUCGAGGUGUACAGGAGAACGAAGGUAGUUGCUGAAACCGAGGGUAACACUUCCAAGGCACGCAGGUACGGUAGGAUUUGCAAGCAGUUCGAGGACGCCAUUAAGUUACAUGCACAUGGAAAGCUGAUAUCUUUGGACGAGCUUCCUGUCCCGCCUGGUUUUCCACCAUUGACCAACACGCAAGGCAACAAUGCUGCCGCACCGCUUGCACCCAAGCCACCUGAAAAUGUUGCUGCUGUGACACCUGCGCAACCAAAACCACCUGUUCCACCUCCUAGAGCAGGACCGAAACCAAAACAGAGAAUUACGUCGCGCGCGGAGAAGCAAACGCAGCAAUUGCAGUUGAGGCAGCGCGAGUUAAAGCAAGCCGCUCUGAAUGCAAAGAACGACGGAGACAUGGAUUUAGCGCGCGAUUAUUUGAGACAAGCGAAAGGGAUACAAUCAUUGAUCGAAGCCAGCAGAGCUGGCUUACCCGUCGACAUGAAUUCCAUCCCGUUGUCACCCCUUGAAAAGGUCGAACUCAGUAUAUCUCAGAAAGACGAAAAUUUUGUGGUGGUGUCUACCGAAGAAGGAUCGAGUGGAACGGAUGAACAAAUUUAUGAAAAUCUUGAAACGCAACUAAUUAAGCAGAUUAAGUCCUGCUUGUCCACGCGAGACCAUUCAAAAGCAUUGGGAGAUGUACCCGGAUAUAAUAGAUGGGAACGACUCGCGCUGGGUUACACGCGGGACUUGGAUAUGUUAAGAGUGCGGAAACGCGACUCACUGCCACCGCCACAGCAUCACUAUCAGAUCAAAACUUAUCAAAUAGUACAGAGCUGUACAGACUUGAACGACGGCGAUAUCGAAAUCUCCAUAAUUAGAGGAAUUAAUUAUCCUCGGGAAGCGGACACGUAUGUUAUAUUUGAGUUUCCAUUUCCAUCAGAUGGCCACCCUACGGAUAGGACAUCAACGAUUAAAGAUACUUCUAAUCCCGAGUACGAGGCUGUAUUCCCGUUGACUGGGAUCAUAAAUCGUACCUCGAGACAAUGUCAGAGAGCAUUCAAACGACAUGCCUUGAAGUGUGAAGUUUGGGCCAAAGGGUGCUCGCUGAAUUCCAUCUUGUGUUGCACUCAUUCCAGGGGUUUCUUUCGGAGCGAUAGCCUACUUGGUACAGUGACAGUCAAGUUACAACCUUUAGAAUUGCAGUGCGCUAUACACGACUCUUUCCCACUUAUGGAUGGCAGAAAGGCAACAGGGGGAAAAUUGGAGUUGAAACUGCGGCUCAGGAAUCCAAUACUUGUGAAGCAAGUUGAAAAUAUUACAGAUAAGUGGUUAAUUCUUGAUCACUAAUUUGAUAUACCAACUCGGAGUGAUUAUUCAGUGAUUUAGUUUGCAUUUGCCAUUGAUUGCGGGGCCUUCGAAACAACGAACUGCACAAAAAAUAUAAACCGCUAUUUUUCAAUCGUGUAUAUCGAUAUAUAUCGAUAUAUGUGAACUUGAAAUGUUUUAAUGGGAAACAUUUGUCUAUGUAUAUUCAUGUAUAAAAAUUAUGUAUAAAUAUGAUAUGAGACCGAUUUAUAAAAAUAAAAAAUCGCGUAACUCGA